AUUGAGAAUUACUAAAAUGAAGAAAAGCGAUUUCAAAGUUGUUUUAAUUGGAGAUAGUAUUAAAUAAUAUUAAAUUUAUAUAGGUGGAGUUGGCAAAUCAACAUUUAUUUCAGCUCUAAUUAAUGAAAAUAUAAAUAAACUGACUCAUGUUGAAAAACAUUAGCCUAUUCAAUUACCUCCAGAAAUGUUUAAUCAUCCAGAAUGCAAUACAACUUUGAUUGAUACAAAAUGUUAAGCUAAUUAAAUUCCAGAAUAAGUUAAAAUAGCAGAUAUUAUACUUUUAAUGUAUUCAAUAGAUGAUAAUUGUUCAUGUGAAAGAUUAUAAAAAUUUUGGCUUAAAGGAUUGAAAGAAAAAGAACUUAAAUAACCUAUUAUUAUUGUAGGUAAUAAACUUGAUUUAAUGGGUGUUGAGGAUAAUAGAGAUUAUUGUAGAAUCUUUAAAGUCAUUAAAUAAUUGGUCAAGGAUUUUAGUGUAAUACAUCUAUAUAAUAUAGUAAGUUGAAAUGGGAAUAGAAUGUUCAUCAAAUUAAUUUUAGAGUGUUUAGGAUGUAAUUAAUUGUGCUUAAAGAUCUUAUUUAUACCCUUUGGCUCCUUUAUAUAGUCUUGUAAAUAAGGCACUUACAGAAGGUUUUAAAAAAGCAUUGACUCAUAUAUUUCGUAUUUGUGAUCGAGAUGGAGAUGGUGUAUGGAGUGAUCAAGAAUUAUAACGAUUUUAAAAACAAGUAUUCAAAAGGAAUCUAGAUUAAAGUGACAUAGCAGGAAUUAAAGAUAUGAUUGAAGAAGAAUUAAAAGAUGAUUCUAAUAAAAAAAAAUUUAUUACUCUCCAAGGCUUUAUGGCUUUACAAAAAAGAGGCAUUGAAUUAAUGAAAAUUUAAAUCAGUUGGACCAUUCUUCGUUUUUUUCAUUAUAAAGAUGAUUUAACACUUGAAGAAUAUUUAUUUUAAGAUGAGUAUAAUAAUUAUUAUAAAUUUUAGAAUUAUAUUCGAUUAAGAAGCUGGAUAAACUGUUGAACUUAGUGAAAUGGCUCUAUAAGAACUAAAAUCUAUUUUUGAAUUACAAGGUUAAAUUAUUACUCCAACUUAAUUUGAUUAUAUCUUCUAUCCUGUAACGUAUUAAACAAGUUUUCCACUCUUAUAAUAAUAUCAUCCAUAAUCACAGUAAAUAACUUUAACUUAAUGGUUAUCAUUAUGGAAGUAUAAUAUUUUAAUACUAUUAUUUUUAGUGCAUUCUCCUUUUUUAAUUAUAAAGAUACAUAUAAAUUAAUGAAUUAUAUUGGAAUUGAUAUUAAAAUGUCUGAUGCUUUCAAAGAACAAAAUAAAAAGGAUUCUUGGUCUUCUGUUAAAAAAAUUAUAGAGAGAAAAGUUUUUCAUUUUGUUAUUAUUACAAAAAAUAAAAAAGUAACUCAUCCUUUAUGUAAUUUAGAAAAUUUUAGAAGAAUAAUUUAAUAAUUUAUCACCAAGAAUUACAACAAUAAAUUCUAAAACUUAUGUGAUUAGCAUUUAUGAUGAAUAAUAAGCUGAAUAAUUAAUUGAAAGAAGUUUAAACAUAAUUGAUUUUUUGAUGAUUGAAAAAUCUUGUAGUUUUUAAACAGCAUAACUUAUUCCUAUGACUUUUUAUGAUGAUAAUAUUUCAGUUUGGACGUAAAUCUCCAACCUUGUUGACAUUUUGCAUUCCUAGUAAAUUAUCUAAAUAUCUUAAGGUCUUAUGGGUAUUCCAAUCUUUAAAUUUAAUAAUUAAAAUAAAAAAAUAGUUUCUCUAUAAUUUCAUUAACAGGAGGAAUAACCCUUUUAGUAAGUCUAACAACUGCUGGGUAUUAUUUUUUCCGUUAUAAACCAUUUAAAAAAAUGAAAUGA